GUCAGUCGCAUUCAGCGCGUUUUGAUUGUGUACAUGCGUAACACAACAGCGGUGCAGCAGCAGUGAGACUAAUGUCGAGAUAUAAAUAAAGCUUGGGAGCUCACAUUAUCAUUUAUUUACGUCACUUCGGCAUCAAAAGGUUACGUUAUCAUCUAAAGCGUCAUUGUAGCUGCUUGAGAUGGCCACAACAGAGAAAGAAACGCCGGCUAAAAAGGCUGCAGCUCCUUCAGUGUCCCAGAUAAAUGCAGAAUACGUCACACAGUUGGCGAAUAAAUACUGGGCUCCUCAUGCAAAGAACAAACUACCCUUUGACCCCAAGGUGAUGGAAGAUGUUUAUAAGAAAGAGAUCCUCGUGUCAAAGUUUGCCAUCAGAAAAAUCAUGUUGCUUGAGUUCAGCCAGUAUCUUGAGAACUACCUUUGGGUGAACUACACUCCUGAGGUGUCCAGCAAUGCCUACCUCAUGUCCAUAUGUUGCAUCGUCAAUGAAAAGUUCAGAGAGAAUGUUCCAGCGUGGGAGGUGUUCAAGAGGGCGCCCAGCCACUUCCCGUUCUUCUUUAAAUGUGUGAUGGAGGCUGUGUUGGCAGGGGAGGAUGCUGCUCUCACUCUGAAGGAACAAACUGUGCUGCUGGUUUUCUUGGACCACUGUUUCAACAGCCUGGAGGUAGAUUUGAUCAGAGAGCAGGUGCAGCAGCUCAUCUCUCUUCCAAUGUGGAUGUGCCUCCUACCAUCCAGACUCCAACAUGAGCUGAAAAAAGUCCCAAAGCUGCAGAAGUUCUGGAAUCUAAUCAAGAAGAAAUCUGAUCAAAUGGAUGCUGACGCAGCUGAGCAGGCGAAUAAAGAGAGGACUUUCCUCUCAGCUCUCAUUAAAAAGUUUCUUGGAGUUCUCAUGUCGAUUCCGCCAUCAGGCGCUGUAUCCAUGGACAAAAUACACUACUGCGAGAGAUUCAUUGAACUCAUGAUUGAUUUGGAGGCCCUGCUGCCCACCAGGCGCUGGUUCAACACAGUGUUAGACGACUCUCACCUGAUGGUGCGCUGCCACCUGUCCAGCCUCACCCAGAGAGAGAAGGAGGGGCACCUCUUCUGUCAGUUGCUGGACAUGCUGAAGUUUUACACCGGCUUCGAGAUCAGCGACCAGACAGGAAAUGCACUGACAGGGAAAGAGAUGACAACUCUGCACUAUGACCGGAUCCUCUCCCUGCAGAGGGCGGCGUUUGCUCAUUUCCCGGAGUUGCAAGACUUUGCUCUGGCCAACGUCGCAGCAGUGGACACUCGAGACUCCCUCACCAAACACUUUGGGCACCUCAGUCCCAAUACGCUCCACCGGGUGGCCUCGUACCUGUGUCUGCUGCCAGAGCUUUCCGAAGGCCAAGAUACCACCUAUGAGAAGGAGGUUCUCCUUGAGCUGCUGGUGUCCCGCCAUGAACGCAGAAUCUCUCAGAUUGAGCAACUUAACCAGAUGCCCCUUUAUCCAACAGAGAAGAUUAUCUGGGAUGAGAACAUUGUUCCGACGGAGUACUACUCAGGGGAAGGCUGCCUCGCACUACCCAAGCUGAAUCUCCAGUUCCUGACCCUCCAUGACUACCUGCUGAGGAACUUCAACCUCUUCCGUCUGGAGUCCACCUAUGAGAUCAGACAGGACAUAGAAGACGUGGUGUGGCGGAUGAAACCAUGGCAAUCGGAGUACGGAGGUGCGGUGUUCGGCGGCUGGGCCAGGAUGGCUCAGAACAUCACCGCUUUUUCCAUCGUGGAGGUUGCCAAGCCAAACAUCGGAGAGAGCUGGCCCGCCCGUGUGCGAGCCGAUGUUACUGUUAACCUCAAUGUUCAAGAUCAUAUCAAGCAUGAGUGGGAAGGCCUGCGGAAGCACGACGUUUGCUUUCUGGUCACGGUGCGGCCCAACCUGCCCUACGGCACGCGCUUUGACCGCCGCCAGCCUUUUGUGGAGCAGACUGGCCUGGUGUACGUGAGAGGCUGCGAGGUGCAGGGCAUGCUGGAUGAUAAGGGACGUGUCAUUGAAGAAGGACCUGAGCCAAAGCCUAAGCUGCGAGGAGACGCCCGAACCUUCCGUGUGUGGCUUGAUCCGAACCAGUAUCAACAGGACAUGACGAGCAGUAUUCAGAGCGGCAUAGAAGACCCGUACGAGACUUUCAACGUCAUCAUGAGACGCAAACCCAAGGAGAAUAAUUUCAAGGCGGUGCUAGAGACCAUCAGAAACCUGAUGAACACAGAGUGUGUGGUCCCAGACUGGCUUCACGACAUUAUCCUUGGCUAUGGUGACCCAGGCAGUGCCCACUACUCCAAGAUGCCAAACCAGAUCUCCACGUUGGACUUCAAUGACACCUUUCUGUCCCUGGACCAUUUAAGAUCCUGUUUCCCAGGUCACACCAUCAAAGUCACAGAGGACAAUCCUGAACUGCAGGUUUUCCCUUUCAGAAUCAAGUUUCCCAUCUCAAACAAAACAGACAAGGGAAAGAAAAGAAAGGCAGAUGAAGAAGAGAAAGAGGAAGACAGGACCUUGAUCGUCGAACCCUAUGUCACCCCAAACCGCGGGCCGUACCCCUACAACCAGCCCAAACGGAAUACAAUUCAGUUCACGCCUACUCAGAUUGAAGCCAUUCGAGCAGGGAUGCAGCCAGGACUCACCAUGGUUGUUGGACCACCAGGCACUGGAAAGACAGAUGUUGCUGUCCAGAUCAUCUCAAACCUCUAUCACAACUUUCCAGAGCAGAGGACCCUCAUAGUGACCCACUCCAACCAGGCUCUGAAUCAGCUGUUUGAAAAGAUCAUGGCUCUGGAUAUCGACGAGCGCCACCUCCUGCGUCUGGGCCACGGAGAAGAGGAAUUGGAGACGGAGAAAGAUUUUAGCAGAUAUGGAAGGGUCAACUAUGUCCUUGCUAGAAGACUGGAGCUCCUCAGGGAGGUGGGGAGGCUGCAAGAGAGCUUGGAUGUUCCAGGAGAUGUUUCUUACACCUGUGAGACCGCAGGACACUUCUACCUCUACCAGGUGAUAUCCCGCUGGGAAGAAUACAUGAGUAAAGUCCGUCCCAAACAGGGGAAGAAGGUGGACGCACAAGCUGUUGCUGCACAUUUUCCCUUCCCCAAGUACUUCUCCAACGCCCCCCAGCCCGUGUUCAAAGGCCGCUCAUAUGAAGAGGACAUGGACAUCGCAGAGGGCUGCUACCGCCACAUCAAGAAAAUAUUCACCCAGCUGGAGGAGUUCAGGGCCUUUGAGCUGCUCAGGAGUGGACUGGACCGCUCCAAAUACCUGCUGGUGAAGGAGGCCAAAAUCAUCGCCAUGACCUGUACACAUGCUGCACUCAAACGUCAUGACCUGGUGGAGCUGGGAUUUAAGUAUGACAACAUCCUGAUGGAGGAAGCUGCUCAGAUUCUGGAGAUUGAGACCUUCAUCCCCCUCCUGUUACAGAACCCAGAGGAUGGCUACAGCAGGCUAAAGCGUUGGAUCAUGAUUGGAGACCACCACCAGUUGCCUCCUGUCAUCAAGAACAUGGCCUUCCAGAAGUACUCCAACAUGGAGCAGUCUCUCUUCACCCGAUUUGUGCGCCUGGGAGUUCCCACCAUCGACCUUGAUGCACAGGGUCGUGCACGAGCAAGCCUUUGUAACCUGUACAACUGGCGUUACAAACACCUCGGUAACCUGCCUCAUGUCCAGCAACUGCCUGAGUUCCAGGUCCCCAACCCUGGCCUGACCUUUGACUUCCAGCUAAUUAAUGUGGAGGACUUCAAUGGCGUGGGAGAGUCCGAGCCCAACCCCUACUUCUACCAGAACCUGGGGGAGGCCGAGUACUGUGUGGCUUUGUACAUGUACAUGCGCCUGUUGGGUUACCCCGCAGACCGUAUCAGCAUCCUCACCACCUACAAUGGACAGAAACACCUGAUCAGAGACGUCAUCAACCAGCGCUGUGCCGGAAACCCCUUCUUCAGUCAGCCAAACAAGGUGACAACAGUGGACAGGUUCCAGGGCCAGCAGAAUGACUACAUCAUCCUCUCUCUGGUCCGCACCAAAGCCGUGGGACAUCUGAGGGAUGUGAGGCGUCUGGUGGUCGCCAUGUCGAGAGCCAGACUGGGUCUGUACAUCUUCGCUCGGGUGUCGCUGUUCCAAAACUGCUUCGAGCUGACUCCUGCCUUCAACCAGCUCACUGCCAGGCCUCUGCAGCUGCACAUCAGACCGCACGAGUACUACAGCCAGGAGCAGCCUAGAGAUGCUUCUGGACAGCCUGACCAAAUCAUCAAGAACAUGCCAGAGAUGGCCAAUCUGGUGUACAAUAUGUACAUGCACAUGAUCCAGACCUCCCAGAAGCACAGACAGCAACAACAGCAGCAACUGGCUCUGCCUCCGCAACAAGCCAAGACGGAUGCAGCGCCGGACAAAGAGCCGGUCAAGUCUGCGGAACCACAGGAAGAGACCCCGAUGGAACAGGACGCCCCGGAAGGAGAGUCAAAACCGGAACCAAAGUCUGAGGACAAGAGUGAGAUCAAAGAAAGUCCAGACACAGAGGAGCGCGCAAAAAAGAUGCCCGAGCAUCCCGGCAGAGACAGCGACAGUGACGGGGAGGAGAGUGGAGAGGAGAAGUAGAGCAUCUAGAUAUGGGACUACUUUCAAGUUAAAGCUUCACUCAGUAAGGGGGACCAGGUUGAAUGUCCCUCGGGAAAGUGGAAAAAUUAGUGUGCAGCCGUGAAUUUGUUUUCUACUGGAAGGCGAUAAUGGUGUAACUGUUUCAUGAAUUUUUCUAGAUGAUUUGAAUUUUGUAACCAUCAAUCCUUUUUUUAUUAAAAAAUAAAAGUCCUUCAUUGUC